AUGAGUUCGGGUCAGAAUCGGCGGUGGAAGAAGCCAGAGGAGCCAGAUUGGAGAACACGAGAGAAUCGUGGCCACACCUGGUUCACGAAUAUGAAGCGCGAAAAGGAGAAAAAGAACCAGGGCACGAAAUUCUGCCAGCGCUGUUAUUCCACGGACCACUAUACAUAUGAGUGCAAAAAUGAGCGUGUUUAUCAAGUUCGACCCUCGGAAACGCAACAACUUAAACAUCCGAAACUCGUCCGGCCUCUAACUACAGAGCUGCCUCCAGACGUGUUGGAGAAGCAACAGAAGGAACGCGACGCAUUGAUCAAACAGUCCGAAGCCUUGCUGGAAGCAUCGAAGAAGAAUGGAAACGGCAAUCAAAACGAAAGUGACUCCUAUUCUGACUACAGCUACAGCUACAGCUAUUCCUACUCCAAACCCGAUGAGAAGGCUACAGUUACAGCUACAGCUAUUCCUAUUCCGACGAUUCGGAAGGAGAGGAAAAGGAUCAGAAGCUCAGCCAGAAGGACAUUGACAAGAAGGAAUCAAAACCGGAAGCGUUUAAUAUCCUGA